GCGGAUAUAGUGAAUGCGGGGUCCGGGAGAGCGGAUAUAGUGAAUGCGGGGUCCGGGGACUCAGAGGAUAUAGUGAAUGCAGGGUCCGGGGAGAGCGGAUAUAGUGAAUGCAGGGUUCUGGGGAGAGCGGAUAUAGUGAAUGCAGGGUCCCGGGGGGGAGAGCGAAUAUAGUGAAUGCAGGGUCUGGGGAGAGCGGAUAUAGUGAAUGCAGGGUCCGGGGAGAGCAGAUAUAGUGAAUGCAGGGUACUGGGGAGACCGGAUAUAGUGAAUUUGCAGGGUCCGGGGAGAGCAGAUAUAGUGAAUGCAGGGUCUGGGGAGACCGGAUAUAGUGAAUGCAGGGUCCGGAGGAGAGCGGAUAUAGUGAGUGCAGGGUCCGGGGAGAGCGGAUAUAGUGAGUGCAGGGUG